AUGUCUAUUAUCCUCCUGCUUUGUCACCAUAUCACAGCUGAGGGCAAGCGCGUCGAUCACACAAUGGAGACUGGACCCAACAUGAAUUUUCGUAACCCAGACUUGCAACGUCUACUAGCAAGCCUGCAAGGACAGACAGCUCAUUCAACUCAUGGCGAACAGAGUCAAAGUCAGGCACAGAGCGCUGCAGUUGCACACAAUGCAGGCGUCAGCAGGCUUCCAACCAUAGACAUCCCUGGUUUGGGUGGACUCCCUCAUGGUAGCGUCAACAAUCACAGCAUCCAACCUUUGUCGACAACCACACCUUCAAAUACACCAGAUCCACGAUCGCGACAGCAAAAGCUUCAGCCGCCCAGACAGGACACCGAUCUGUCGAGAUCUGUCACACCCACCAAUCCUGCAACACCUGAUGCCUCGUCCAUCACAACAUGGCCAGCGGCAGUCAAGCACGUGACGAAGUACAUUGCUGCAGACGAGCAGGCAUCAUCUCGCAUCAAGCAUCUCGUCAACGAACAGCACAAACAUGAAGAACAAUGGUGGCGUCAACGACAAGAAAUAGUCACCAGACACGCUGGCCGGGCUGGCAACCAGGCAAUUGUCACUGAUAUCCUGAAGGAGCUUGGUGGUCUAGCAGGACCAGUGGCCAAAGUUGAUGAAGCUGCCGACAAAAACGAGCUUGAGACUUUUGACAAGAAGGUGUAUCAAUCAUUGACGCAAAUGACGCAGGAUUUUGAUAGGCAAUUGAAAAAGCUGGGCGUGCCCUUUUUCGCAAUCAAACAUGAUCUGAUAUUGCUGGACGGGGGCAAGGAUGGAAGUGGUUCGACGGUGGGCAAGUUGGACAAAGGUGAAUUGAGGGAGCUGCAGAAGAGAAUGUUGCAGAUACUGGAAGAUCUUCUGAUUGAUGGCUGA